CGCCUGGCCACGUCCUCCACCCUUCGUGCACGUCCCUCACGCCCGCUGCGUCACGCUCGCCCGCCCCGCCCACCCCGCCAGCGCCCUUCCCACGCGGGCACCCGGUGACUUUGAGCGCCAGCGCCGCGGCCGCCCAGGGGUGCUGUGCGUCGGUGGAGCAGGCGGCCAUGGGGAGCCUCCGCGGCCUGCGCCUAGCGGCUGGACAUUGCUUUAGGUUAUUUGAAAGAAAUGCUUCCUCGUCUCUGAGGUCUACCAGGAACACUGACUUGAAGAAGAUCAACGGAUUUUGCACCAAGCCACAGGAAAGCCCCAAAGCCCCGACCCAAUCUUACAGACACAGAGUGCCACUUCAUAAACCCACAGACUUCGAGAAGAAGAUACUAUUGUGGUCAGGGCGCUUCAAGAAGGUGGAAGAAAUCCCGGAGACAAUCUCGUUUGAGAUGCUUGAUGCUGCAAAGAACAGGAUCCGGGUGAAGGUCAGCUAUUUAAUGAUCGCCUUGACAGUGGUGGGAUGCAUCUAUAUGGUUAUUGAGGGCAAGAAGGCAGCAAAAAGGCAUGAGUCUUUAACAAGCUUGAACCUGGAAAAGAAAGCCCGUCUGAGAGAGGAGGCAGCUAUGAAGGCCAAAACAGAGUAGAAUUAUUUGUGCUGGAUUUGGAAAACCUGGGAAUAAGGUUGCAAUAACAAGCCUGCAUUGGAAAGAAUGUGAUGUGAGAUCCACUUUGCAGACAUAUGCUUUGCACAGAUUUAUUCCACUUCCCUAUUUCUGCUAUAGAGGAACAAAUAAAUUUUCUUAAAGAAUGA